UUUUCAGUUUUCUUCAUAGACGUAUGAUUCAGGUUAUUUAAUAUUUCAUUUUUAUUUCUUUAGUAUCAUAACCCUUAUGAUUUGAAAAAUAUUUGAAUCUAGACUCCAUAAAAUGAAUGUAGAAGUAAGAGUAUCAACUAAUUCAAAGGGAAAAUGUUUGUUGGCUAAAAGGGCAAUAUCUGUUGGAUCAGUAAUUUUUGAAGAGGAUCCGUUAGUUUCAUGUCAGCUAGCUUGGAAUAGCGCUUAUCAUUAUUUGGCUUGUGAUCAUUGUCUGAGGCCACUGGAAACAGCUCAAGAAAAUGCUUCUAGGUUAACAGGGCAGUGUGUAGAAUUGCCCUAUUUAGAAUGUUGUACAACCGACAAAAGUAAAUUUGUUUCAUGCCCAAGCUGUUGCAAACAGUACUGUUCAGAAGAAUGUAGAUCUGAUGCUUUUAAACAGUAUCAUCAAACUUUGUGUACUCAGUCAUCUGAUGGAUCCAACUUCCAUCCGCUAGAACAGCUGAAUGAAGCCUGGAAAAAAGUCCACUACCCACCUGAAACAAAUAAUAUUCUACUGAUUACUCGCCUUCUAGCCAGAAUUCUUCAGUCUUCCGAUAAGGCCACAGCAAUAUCACAAACCCUUCAGUUCUGCCAUCGCACGAGUAAUGAGGAUGCUGAUUUAUCACAUAAACUCUUAGGAGAAAAAUUUGCUGAUCAGCUCCCAUUUUUACAUAAUUUGAUGGUUGCUAGCAUACCACAUGAAGGAAUUGAACAGUUUUUAACUUUUGAAGGAUUCCAGAGCCUUUUGGCAUUGAUAGGAACUAAUGGACAAGGAGUAGGCACAAGUGCCAUUAGUCAGUGGGCGGCUAACGUUGAAAAUUUACCUCUAUCUGAAGAAGAACGAAAAACUUUCGACUUGUUUUUGGACAAUCUUUACCAACAGAUGGACAUGCAAGUUGGUGACUUUCUGAACAAUGAAGGUGUAGCUCUUUAUGUUCUCCAGAGUGCUUGCAAUCAUAGCUGCAAACCAAAUGCUGAACCUAGGUUCAUUCACAAUAGCAACAGGCUAUCUUUGGUGGCAACUGAAGACAUUGAAGAAGGCGAAGAGAUUUUCAUCAGUUAUUUAGAUGAAUGUAUGUUACAUAGAUCGAGACAUUCCCGAAGAAAGGAGCUGGCAAGAAAUUAUCUUUUUGUUUGCCAGUGUUCAAAAUGUGAGGAGGAAGUUGAUCAACCUGAUGUCACAAGUGAAGAAGAAGAAGACGAAUCAAUGAGCGAUUAGUUAUUUCACAAGUGUAAUAAAAUAUAUACAUGAUUGAUAAAUUUUGUAAUUUUACUUUCACUUUUGAUAAUUUGUUGUUUGAUCAAAUUAGUAAAGGUGUUGGAUAUUUUCCAACACAUUGACACAAAUUAUUUGUAAACAAAUAUUCACAUUAUAAUCUUUUUUGUACUGCAA